AUUCACCAGAAUUUAGAAAGACAGCGGAUUUCCCUGGUCGAGGACUGGAGAAAUCAGUCAGUGUGUCGGACGGUGAGAGUGACAGUGGGUGUUCAACCCAGACCGAUGCUCGCCACGAACUUUCACCAGAACUGGAGUAUACGCUCGGCUGUCCAUCGGGCUUCUCUCUGCUGUUGGAGCUCAUGACGCAAAGUCCGCAGAGGCAAACAAACCGAGACGUAUUCGAUGUGAACAUUGACAGGAAAAUCGCAAGUCCAGGGCAGCGGCCGAGGAAAGAGGGUUUCGAGACAAGCAGAGCUGACUCAGACGUGGGAGGAAUUAAGAAAUCUGAGAAGUAUACAGACUGUGCGGGAAAUACGGAAGUUAUUGAAAACCCUAAUAUGCGCAUUCAUCUCUAUCAAGACAAUGAGCUGAAUAUGAAAGGUUCAGACUCGGAACGAUACAAUUUCGCAGUUUCUGACGGCAGAAAUGGAUUAAAUGAGUUCGCACAGUAUUCAGCUAAGGGUGAACUGGCGGUUGGAAUGAACAGAAUCCAAGAUGGAAACGGACAAACUGGAAGUCUUGCUUUUUCCCAAACCACGCCUGUUUAUGACUUUCAGAUUUACAAUGCUUUUGGAUCUAAGGUGAAUCAAACCCAGCGGAGAAUUUCAUUUGAUGAAGUCAUGAAUGUAGAACACAAUAACAGAAGCUAUAGUUUGUCGGAGUCGACAGAAGACCAGCCAAUUGAUUACUCUCAGCUGUCUUCUCGCAGAAAGGAACAUCACGACGACCACACACAGGAGAAUCUGCACAGUCUCGUUGGUGGAGAAACUACAAUCUAUGAGGAUGGUCAGAAGAUCAAAGUCAUGAAACUAUCAGCGGCAAUGAACCAGGCAACAAAGAAAACCAUGGUUAGCCCAGCCACAACCAAGAAGUAUGAAUUCAUUCUUUCUCCCAAAAUGGACAGCAAUGGAAACAUCGUUCUCACCCAGCCGCUCAAGAUUUCUGGUAGAUCAGCACAGCUAGCUGGAGAUCGAAACUGGAGCGUCCAAGGGAAAGAGAUGUUGAAUUCUCCUGUGUACACGUCUUCGACACACGACAGCUGCAGUCCCUCGGUAAAGUAUGAAAACCAAGACUCGACUCUCUGUUCUUCUCCAGCCUCCCUGGCACAAAGUCGCAGUGAUCAGAAGCAAAAAUCGGCUUUAGAUAUUGCCAAGGCCAAGUUUGAACAGCCUCAAGACAACGCAGGGGUAAGCAAGUCACCAACCACCUACCACCCUAAGCUCAAGUACCUGUUAGCGGUGUCACAGCACAACAAACCAAAGUCUGAUGACGACGAGAGGCAAGUGUCCACAGCAGCAACAACCUCUCCAAAUACACCCUAUCAACAAAGUUUACUCUUUUCGCAAGAUACAAAUGCUCAAGCCGAGACUUUCAUGAAGAUAAACGAGAAUGUUAACACAAGAAGUGAAGUCGGCAAAGAUCAACGCAUUCCUUCUUAUGAAAUAUUCCACACACAUAACAACGCUCCAAAUUCAAACCGUAACAGCAGCGUUUUCAUCCUCAAUUCUGCAUCUACAUAUAACCCCUGUGCAUCUUUAAUAGAAGCUUCCAGAGGCAGCGUAAUCAACGACAAACGGCAGCAAACACCUGAUACUCAUUCACCUCGUAUCAGUUUGUCACCAAACCAGAUGUCCAAUUCCUUUAAUGGGAGCCAUUCAUCCGAUCACUUUCAGGACGAGCAAGCUGAAGACGCGUCAGCAUCAAUGUACCCGUCCUCCCCUGGUCAACCUCUUAGCCCGGCAAGUUUGAGAGAGCAGUCAGCCCUUAGCGAACUUCUUUUCUCCGCCAACCGGAAACCCGGAGUUGACCCGUACGCAUGCGUAGAUUGCGCAAAACGAUACAGCACUUCCAGCAACUUGGCACGCCAUCGUCAGACGCACAGAAGCGUCUGCGACAAGAAAGCCAGGAAAUGUCCCCACUGCGACAAAGUGUACGUGUCUAUGCCAGCGUACAGUAUGCACGUCCGCACCCACAACCAAGGAUGUGAAUGUCCGCACUGCGGCAAGAAAUUCAGCCGACCAUGGCUACUCCAGGGCCACAUCCGAACUCACACGGGAGAAAAACCGUUCGGCUGUCCACAGUGUGGAAAGUCCUUCGCUGACAAGUCCAACCUGCGAGCACACAUCCAGACGCACUCCACCGAGAAGCCGUACGUCUGUGGUCGCUGUGGGAAGGCCUUUGCUCUCAAAAGCUAUCUCUAUAAGCACGAGGAAUCCUCGUGCAUGCGAGGUCAGAGAUUUCGCCAAUGA